UGACGGCCAUUGAAGUCCGAGAUAGAGCACGUUGUUCGUUUUGUUGGGGGUGAUUUUGUAGUUUUUUUUAGACCAGCUUUCCAGACUUCUUUUCGUGAAAUGGGCCGCAAAAAGAAGAAGGCGACAAAGCCCUGGUGUUGGUAUUGUAACCGUGACUUUGAUGAGGAGAAAAUAUUGAUCCAGCAUCAAAAGGCUAAGCACUUCAAGUGUCCAAUAUGCCACAAGAAGUUAUACACAGGCCCAGGGCUGGCCAUUCACUGUAUGCAAGUACACAAGGAAACCAUAAGCACCAUUCCAAACUCUGUGCCGAACAGGGGAGACCCAGAAAUAGAGAUCUAUGGCAUGGAAGGUAUUCCUGAAAAAGACAUGAAAGAACGUCAACAGAGGGGUAAUAAUACAGGCGAUGAUGAUGAACCAGAAAAGAAAAAGGUCAAGAGUGAGGGUCAGGCCCAAGCCACGGCGGUGACAGCAGCUAUUCCCGGUGCUGUACCUAUGGUGCAUAUGAUGCCUGUGCCAGGAAUGCCUGUUCCUCCAGGUUUCCCUCAAGUUCCAUUCCAACCAAUUCCAGGUGCACCACACAUGCCACCUAUGGGAUUUCCAGGUCAGAUUCCUGUUCCCAUGCAAAUGCCAGGCCCAGGCAUGCCAUACCCACAUCCUGGAAUGCCUCCAAGUACCAUGCCAUCAUCAAGCACAGCCACAACCACUGCUCAACUACAAAAAGGUCCUGUUAUAGGGCCUCAGGUACCCAACACCAAACCCCUCUUCCCUGCAGCACAGAAUGUAAAUGGCACUGCUAAAUCCAGUGCUUCAUCAGGCCCUGUGGGUGCAGACUUUAAACCACUACAAACAACUGCAACAGCCACUAGUUAUCAAAGCCCACCAGUCACUUCUACAGGUAAACCAGUUGUUCCACCUCCAACAUCAGCUCCUGUUGUUUCUAAGCCUGCCACCAUUGUUGCACCAGGAGCAACCAGCCGUUUGAUUCAUCCUGAUGAAGACAUCUCACUGGAAGAGCGACGAGCAUCACUUUCUAAAUAUGCUCCAAAGACACCUAGCAUGCCUUCAUCAAACCCACCCACCAUGGGAAGUGCUCCUCCUCUGCAGAUGCAGGCUCCUGGAAGCCAUCCCCCCAUGGGGCCCAUGCCCUUGAUGCCUAACAUGCAACAACCUCCAGUAGCUAUGUCAUCAGCACCCACAGGGCCAAUGCAAGGAGGGCCAAUACAGGGAGGACCAAUGCAGGGCGGACCAAUGCAUGGAGGACCUGGAGGUCCCAUUCCUGGUGGUCCAAUGCCUCCUGGAAUGCGACCUCCUGGAUUUCCACCCAAUAUGCCAGGACCACCACCACAUCAACAAGGGAUUCCUCCAGGGAUGCCUCCAAGACCACUUGGCAACUUUCAAGGGCCACCAUCGCUCAUGGGACCACUACCACAAGGCCCUGGUGGAGGGCCUCCUCGUGGACCCCCUCCAAGAGGGGGGAUGGGACUCCUUGGGCCACACCCAGGCGGUAGGCCACCUAUGAGAUUACCUAUGGGUGCACCUAGAAGGUUUUAGAGAGUUGUAAAAUUUAUUUGAUUAGUUGUUACAGAAAUGCCAGAUGAUUUUACCUUGUAAAGUAGUUUAUCCUUUUUGACUAGCUACAAGCAUGAAGAAGUUCUACCCUUUUGUUUGUCUUCUGUCAUGUAUGUACAUCUACAGUGUGCUAGUUUAAAGCUUUUGAAUUUCUUUAAGUUAUCAAAUAAGUCUUUUCAUAUUUAGACAUAAGUUCACAACAGGUAUUCACAUUGCUGUAUGUGCAUGUGCCAUGUUAACAUUUUGAGCUGACAUAAGGUGAGUCCAUUUUUGCCUUUAAGUCCUCAACUGAUCAACGUCUAGCCUUUCGUAACAUUGUUGACGUAAAUAAUUGUCUAGCUGGAAGGUGACAAGAAUAAACUAAAUCAUUAAGUAGGGCAUAUGGCAUUGGUAGACUGCCAUGUUUUGAGAACUGAAAUUGAUGAGGAAAGAUGUAUGGCCAUCCGUUACAGUGCAGGAGAGUCUUAAGUGCUUUCUCUCCUGGUCUUUCAUCUGGCAUUCCUGUUAAAUUCUUGAUAAAUAAGUUUUUAUUUCCUCAACUACUUAGAUUCCUUGUUAGAUGUUCUUUUGACUUGUCCUGUCUGUACGUCCUUCCCAGGAGGAAAGAGUCUUUGUGACAGGUCAAAUGAAUGUCUGUAUGAGAAGCUGUUUAACUUAAGGAACAGCAUGAUAAAAGGUAGUGUGUCAAACUAAGUCAAACGUUCAUUGUAGAUUUUCUUUGUGUAACUCUAUACUCUUUAGAAAAAGGUAGGUGUGAACUGAUUUAUUGAAAUUAUAGAAGAGUGACUGUGUAUAUCAAGUGCCAAAUUAUUACCAUAUUACAUGAUUUGGAUAUUUUCGCUAGUAUAUGUCACAUACAUACAGUAAUUUUUUAAACUAAGUGGUUCUUCUUGUGUGCCUUAGUUUUGCUACAUUCAAUAAUUCUUUUUUCAAACUUGUUAAGCCAUCCAAGAAAAAUGGAAAUGCUGCACCUGGUGUAUCCUCUGUAAAUACAACGUAAAUAGAUCGCUAGCAGGUUUGACUUAGGUCAUGUACAAUAAACAUAGUAGUUGUAAAAUUAACUUGUCUUUGUUGGUUAAUUUUAUUUAUGGAAUAGAUAACUGCGGCUUUGUUAUUGCAUAGCCCGAUUCUCAAGUGUUUUUGGGAUAAUUCAAAUGUGUCCACGUUGGCCUUGCAUAUACUUCUGAGUUCUCCCAAACUCUCUUAUGUUUGCUUCAGGCUAUGCCAACGAGGAUGUGCAACAAUUAUUAUGAAAGGAUAUGUAGUUCGCACUAUUUCUUACCCGGGAAGCUCAGUUGGAAGUUGUUGCAAUUUGAUACACAAUCAGCCUGCUAGGAUCGACAUUGCUGAGUUCUCCAUAAUGUAGAAUACAUGUAGUAAUAACAUGUUAUCAUCCAUCGCUUGAGUAACUACUCAUCGCAACAAUAUACAUUUACUUGUAAGCAAUAGGGCUUGAAGUGGUCCCAAAAAUUUGCAUUAAUUAUUAAAUUUGUGGAAGAACCUAGUAAGGUAGGUCAGUUGUGAUGUAAUUUUUUUCAAUGGGUAUUAUGAAUAAAUAUUUUAAAGUCAAAUGCUUUACAUGUAAAUUGUAAUUUUUGCAAACUUUUGGUCUAAAUGGCAGUUCUUUUACUUUCAACACGAUAUUGAUCGUUAUUGUACAUUGUAUUAGAUAUUACUGCAUGUAGGUACUGCUUUAUAUUUUUCCAAGUCUUGUAGUACGUUAUUUUGGCGAGCAUGAAAUACAAAUGACAAGUAUUAAUGUAUGGUGAUACUAAAGUCAAACUUUGAACAGUGGGAAAACUUAGAGGACAUCAUGAAACCUCUUAGACCCGUAUCCUGGUAAUCCUGCGUUAUUUGUACUUAUCUGAGUGUAGUUAUCUUCUUGCUGUAAGUGCCAGUGGUCACUUGAAAGCUUCAAAACUCCCAUAAGCCCUUCAUUCAGAGCGUUAAUUAAUUCAGUGCUUUUGCCAGACCAUCUCUUGAUAUAAGAAGUGGAGAAAUAUCCCACCUCACCCCCUCCCCGCUCUGUAAAAGCAUCAACCGUUAAACGUUUGGGAAGAAAUAUGGUUUUUAAGUGACCACUAAUCACUACGUACUUAAACAUCCACUAUUCGUAGCUGAUUAGAUCAUUUUUUUUCUAAAGCAAUGACUUGUCAUAUUGACGUGCACUUCGCAAGGUAGGGUUCAAUCAUUGCUGAUUAGUUUGGGUGCACUUAUCUUUCCAUUGGCAGAACUUUCCAACCAUGUUUGUUCAAAUUUGUGGAAAGGUAGGGCCACGUUAUCCAGGUUUGGCAAUCUUUAAACUUUAUCUGUAAAAUCAGUUUUGAUGAAAUUGGUCUAAUUUAAUAAAAGUAAACAUUCAAAG